UCCCGGUACUGUCACUUAAAUUCAGGGCCGCACUUGGUAACGGCUCAGGAAGCUGAGUUAAACCACACAGAGGAGCGCUGGACUAUCUGCGCUAACACCCCCGGGGAGCCCCGCCAUGCUGUUACUGGUCAAGGUCAUUCUCACCCUGUGGGUCUCCUGGGCUCAUGGACAAGGAAGAACUUGUGAUUUCCCAGAAAUAAAACAUGGAAACAUAUAUGAGGAAAACAGAUAUAAGCCCACCUUCCCGGUUGCCGAGGGGAAAUACUUCUACUACUCCUGUGAUCACAGCUUCGUGUCUCCCUCCCAGUCACUCUGGACUCAGAUAAACUGCACGAAGGGAGGAUGGUCGCCGGCUCCGAGGUGUAUCAGGCAGUGCUUCUUCCCGUGGGUGGAAAAUGGGCAUUCCGCGUCUUCAGGGCGAACGCACCAGGAGGGGGACACGGUACAGAUCGUCUGUGACCAGGGCUACAGCCUCGCCAAUGACCAGGACGUCAUCACGUGUGCUGAACACGGCUGGUCCACGCCCCCUACAUGCAGCCGCAUCAAUCUCUCCUGUGGCAGCCCUCCCACAGUGCAAAAUGCCUUCAUACUAAACCAGAAGCAUAGGUAUCGUAAUGGGGACACAGCACGUUAUGAAUGCAGGCACUCUUUGGUCCUCCUCGGGAAUCCAGUGGUGACAUGUCUAAGUGGGAAGUGGACAGACCCACCUGAGUGCAAGGGUAGGUGUCUCAUUCUCCCCUCCCAGUCUCUGUGCAGCUUUUUUUUAUUUCUUUUUUUUUUACUUUCAGAUGCCUGUAUAAUAUCAGAAGAAAUCAUGGAAGCACAUAACAUAGAGUUGAGAUACUCAUAUGCGAAAAAGGUUUAUUCCAGAACAAAUGAUUUUGUUGAAUUUAGGUGUCGUCGAGGUUACUAUCGUAGAGUGUCACCAGACUCUGCAUUCCGAGUACAAUGUCAUGAAGGGAAAAUGGAGUAUCCCACUUGUGCAUAACAUGAGAGCUGUGUGGCCGUUUUCACAUUAAAAUAUGCGCCUUCAUUCAGAAUUUUUAAAUAUUAAUCCAGUUCAUCUCAAUUUAUUUUUCUGUAACUCGCUUUUAUUCACUAAUCAGAAUUUGCAUUAAAUGCCAUGUGGGAGAUGUCAUUGUAACCUGAGAGACCCAUGGACCACUUCUCUUAAGCAUCUCAUUAAAUUAUGACAAACCAACAUGCUGUGUGUUCUGUUCUUGAAACGUCUCUGCCCAGAAAUCACCUCAGUGCUUGCCUCUCUCCCUCAUUGAUGUUUCUCUCUCUCUCUAAAAUCAAUAAAACAUGAAAAAAAAGUUGAA